AGUGAUUUUAAGAUGUGUCACACCGUGGUCACAUGAAACGAAACUUUAAAAAAAGGAAAACAGUUGUGAGAAGAAAUAAAUAAAUUGUACCCGAAUGCUAGCUGAGGUUAUCCUCUUAAUAACCUAUUACAUUUCGGACAAGAAUAGCAACGAGGGAAAAGAACUGGAAGAGCAAAGCGAAACAUGGACGAGGAUGGACUGCCCAUAGUGGGCUCCGGAGUAGAUUUGACAAAGGUCCCAGCCAUACAGCAAAGGAGAAUCGUUGCCUAUUUGAACCAGUUCGUCGUUCACACCGUUCGAUUUCUAAACCGAUUUUCAACGGUUUGCGAGGAGAAACUGGCUACCAUAUCUCUACGGAUACAGCAAAUCGAAACCACACUCAGCAUUUUGGAAGCAAAGCUGUCCUCGAUCCCUGGACUGGAAGAUGUGAGAGUGGAGGGAGUGGCUGAGAGACCAGCGGCUGAAGCCAACGGACCAGUAGCACCCUCCAGUCACACAGAUAUUCCUGUCGCACCAGCACCAGCACCAGCACCUGAGCCCCCUCACCAACCACCAGAACCAGCCAGCGAACCGAAGGUGGAAAGUGUGGGGUCGAACGUCAUGACCGUGGCCAAGGACCCACGCUAUGCCCGAUACCUGAAAAUGGUGCAAGUGGGAGUCCCUGCCAUGGCGAUAAAGAAUAAGAUGGUUAUAGAGGGACUGGAUCCCAAUUUGCUUGACACUCCCAAUGCCCCUGUACCAGAUGACGACAAAAAACCUGUGGAAGAGCGAGAUAAUGACAGCUCAGGCAGCGAAUCAUCUUUCAGUGACUGACCUCUUCAGCAUAUCACCAUCAAGGUGUCUCAGUGAGACUCCCCUCCCUCAGCCUUCUAUUGAGGCUAACUCCCCUUUAGUAUAUUAACUAAACUAAGGGACAUAACUUGAUUGUGUGUAAACGAGUCUGGGAAAUACAGUGGUAUCCUGUACAACUCCAUCCUUCCCUAUGAAAUGCCAGCCCCACUUUGUAUUACGUUACCUUGUUUAAUGUGCACAUAAUACUUGACAACUUGAGAAGUACGUCGGUCCUCUCAUAUCAGUGUUUUAAAACGGUGGAUCGGCCAAGGUCAGUAAUAUAUAUAUAUAUUUACAUACAUGAUUAUGCUAUUAUGUAUUACUUGCACGGCAACAAGGGCUUAGGUAGAAAGUGGGGCUGGAUUGUAAUACACAUGCAUUGUUAUGUAUGGCUUUGGAAAAACACAUAAUCUGCUUCAAAAAAGACAUUAGUCUUGAAGGACUCUCCCUUUUGAAGAUGACUAACAAGUAGUCUGCACAUCUGUAGAAUCCCAUUUGAAACCUGCUGCUUUCAUGUUCUUGUCUACCUUGCUGAGUUUGUCUUAAAUGUGUGUCUGCUUCUGAAGGAGCUCCUUUGCCAGAAUAAGCAGCAGACUCCGUGAGGGCGAUUUGAUUUGAUGAUGUUUCCCUCAUUCCAGUGCUCAUUCAGCCACCAGCACAGUCUUUGGUAUCUCUCUCAACCCCUCCUAGACUGAGGACAUUAUGAGGGCUAUAUUUUUGCAGUGUCAUUCGUUGCCUGUAAUGGAGACUGCCUGGGAGUGUUGCCUCAGACAUAGUGCACGUGUGUGUGUGUGUGUGUGUUUGUGUUUGUGAGAGACAGAGAAUGAAUUAAUGUGUCUGCAUGUGAAUGUGUGAGAGAGAAUUUAUGUGUGUGUGUGUGUGUGUAUGAAUGUGUGUGUCUGUGUGAGAGAGUAAUUCCUGUACAGACAGCUACAGCCUGUGGCAGGGAGAGCCAGUAGAUGGCGUCCUUAAUGUUGUUAUGAGAAACAGCAUUCCUCUGUCAUUAACAUUGCCUAGUGUUCGUUUCUUCAUGGACCCUUUUGUCACUUUUGACAUAUUGUCAUGUCUGUGGGUGUCAUUGAGGACCAGGGACUAACGGUUCAUUCAGAUUUGCACUUUGGAAGAUUGAAUCAUCUCGUGAGAUAUACACACUCGGAGUGUAUCAAAUGGUGGAUGCACAAUCCAUACAUUUGCCUGUAAAAGGUGUCUAUUAUGUGUGUUUUUU